AUGUGGAAGGCAUCAGCUGGUGUAAAUGUUCAAGCUAACAAUAAUAACCAAGAUGAUGAUGAUUGGGAAACAGAUCCUGAUUUUGUGAAUGAUGUCUCUGAAGAAGAACAAAGAUGGGGAGCUAAAACAGUAGAAGGAUCUGGUCAUCAAGCUUCAUUAAAUUUAAAAGAGUUGCGUCAAAAUGUAGCUGCUGAUGAUCAAAAGUAUAAGAAAAACCAAUAUGAUGCCGGUCCUAAAGCAUCACAUGGUUAUGGAGGUCAAUUUGGUGUUGAGAAAGAUAGAAUGGAUAAGUCGGCUGUAAGUCAUGAUUAUAUGGAGAAGCUAUCAAAACAUGGCAGUCAGACGGAUGCUGCUAAAGGUUUUGGUGGGAAAUACGGUGUUCAGUCAGACAGAAAAGAUAAGUCUGCAGCAGAUUAUACUUAUACUGGUAAAACAGAAAAACAUGCUUCACAAACAGAUUAUUCACAGGGAUUUGGUGGUAAAUAUGGUGUACAAAGUGAUAGACAAGAUAAAUCAGCUGUUGGUUAUGAACAUCAUGAAAAAGUUGAAAAACAUGCUUCACAGAAAGAUCAUUCAGUUGGUUUUGGAGGUAAAUUUGGUGUACAGAAAGAUAGACAAGAUAAAUCAGCUAGUGGCUAUGGUGGAGGAGUUAAUAAAACAGAAUUACAUCCCUCACAGAAAGAUAUGAGUAAAGGUUUUGGAGGGAAAUACGGGGUUGAAGAUGAUCAUAUGGAUAAAUCGGCUGUGGGUUAUGAUGGUGGAAUGAAUAAAACAGAGCUUCAUCCUUCACAAACUGAUAUGAAGAAAGGUUUUGGUGGAAAGUUUGGUGUUCAGGAAUCAACAGAUAAAGCAGCCCAGAAAUUUGAAAGUAUGGGAAAAACAGAGUUACAUCCAUCUCAAACUGAUAUGAAAAAAGGUUUUGGAGGUAAAUUUGGUGUAGAAAAAGAAAAUAUGGACAAGGUAACUUCAAAUUUUUUUUAUUUUAUUUCUUUUUAUCUAAUAAUAAUGAAGUCAGACAUUAGAUAUCAGAAUGCAAAAUGCUACACUGCUUGA